CCAACACGACUUUAUCUUUCUUACUCCAAAAUUCUCUCACUCAUCUUUGUUGUCAAUGGAUUCAUCGUCACCGUCACCGUCACCAUCGCCGGUAAAUUGGGAAGCCCUAGAUGCUCUGGUCAUCGAAUUCGCCAAAUCCGAGAACUUAAUCGAAGAUUCGUCUCCUCCUGCUUCGCCUUCGCCUUCUUCAUCUUCUUGUUCCUCUUCCUCUUCCUCUUAUCACCAUCGUCUGCUGAUUCUCCAAGUCAGAAGAUUAUUGCAAUUCGGUGACAUCGAUUCCGCCAUUGAUCUAUUACGUCUCCACGCUCCUUCCGUUCUCGAUGAUCAACGCCUCCUUUUCCGUCUACAGAAGCAGAAAUUUAUCGAGCUUUUGAGGAAAGGAACUGAAAAGGAUCGUAAUUCUGCGAUUAAUUGCCUGCGGACGGCACUCGCUCCUACCGCUCUCGACGCCUAUCCUGAAGCAUAUGAAGAAUUCAAGCAUGUAUUGCUUGCCUUUAUAUACGAUAAAGAUGAUCAAACGUCUCCUGUGGUGAAUGAGUGGUCCGAGAGGAGGCUGUUCGAGCUUGCUGGAUUAAUGACUUCUGUACUGAGAGCUCACUUACAUGCAUAUGAUCCCCUUUUCUCAAUGACACUUAGAUACCUAAUCAGCAUACACAAGGGAUUUUGCUUUCGCCAAGGGAUUUCUUCACCGAUAUCGGAUCUUACUGAGAGGUUGCUGCUUGAGGAGCGUGAUCUCCCUGCCGCUCCACAAGAGGGUUUGUUUGAAGCACCUCCAUUUGAUGAGGUGGACAUACAAGCCCUUGCACAUGCUGUUGAGCUUACAAGACAAGGGGCAGUUGAUAGCUUGAAAUUUGCAAAGGGUGAUCUAUUUCAAGCAUUCCAGAAUGAAGUGUGCCGAAUGAGAUUGGACGUCACUAUGCUCGAUGAACUCAUUCAUGAGUAUUGUGUCUAUAGGGGCAUCGUCGAUGCUGGUCCCUCGAAUCCUUCUUCCCGAGGAAUGCAGCUAGUACCUGAACCAUCGGAGUCAAACCAAACAGAAUCAGAAUCUACUUUAUCUGCAGACUUUUCACUCGAAGUCCGGAGUGGAUCCAGUAAGCUUGCUGAUACUGACAUGGAUUCACCUGGAACUGGUGCUGUCAGUGUUCAGAACCCUGAUGCUGAGGAGCGAUACCCUUGUGGCACAAUGAGUAGCUAUGAUGACUGUAGUACGAGCGGAAUUUACCGACAUAAAGCUUCUAAAAUCAUGCAAAGAAAUAAGAGUCGAGGAAAUACGGAGAGGAACAAACGUAAGAGGUGGAGGGGAAGACACGAAGUACAGGAUUCUUUUCCUAAUGUACUCAACCGAGGCUGCAAGCAAGAGCUUAAAGCUAUUACACUAGUUGAUGCUAAUAUGUCAGAAGAGCAGCAGGUUUCUGAAAUAUCAUCCGCAGUAGAUGCUAGUGGCAAUAAAGAGGACAGAUAUGAGAUUAUGCUGGCAAUAAAGGAGUUGGCAAGCAAAGGAAUGGCUGCAGAGGUUGUAGAAGAAAUAAAUGAUAUGCACUCAAAUUUUUUCACACAAAAUCAUGUUCUUCUCUUCCAGCUAAAAAGGAUUGAAUUUUUGAAGUUGGUGAAAUCCGGUGACCAUUCUCGUGCAUUGAAAGUGGCUUGUUCCCAUUUGGGACCUUUAGCGACAAGAGAUCCAACUCUCCUCAAGCCGUUAAAGGAGACCUUGUUGGCCUUUCUUACACCUAAUGAGACGUUUGUUGGAGAAAGCUUGCCCUUCCAUGCUCUGGCGACUUCACUCCAGGUUGCAAUAGGUAGGAGGCUUGGCAUCGAAGAACCCCAGCUAAUGAAGAUAAUGAGAACUACCCUUCACACACAUAACGAAUGGUUUAAGCUUCAAAUGUGUAAAGAUCGGUUUGAGGGUCUGCUAAAGAUCGAUCGUUUGAAAGAAGUCGAUUCUUCUCUGCUAGCCGAUGCCCUUUCCAAAUCGAGUGCUGAUGUUUGCAAUCACAGUUCUUCUCAAGGCACUGCAACUUCAAGCAGCAGAAUGCAGGAAGAUGGCAGUCCUGCUCAAGUUUCGUCCACCGGAGAUGUUGCAUCUGAUGAAACCGCAAUACUCAAGGUUAUGGAAUUCCUUGCUUUGCCUAGGGCUGAUGCUAUACAUCUGCUAGCGCAAUACAACGGAAACGCGGAGACCGUAAUUCAACAGAUAUUUGCGUAGGACUCGUGUAGACAUGUACAUUAUUAUCAUUAUACAUUGUUGAUCGGAAUGUUAUAUCCGCGUACAUUAUUAUUUCAUUCAUUUGUGCCAUACAACAUGUAAUAUUAGUACA